GCAGGCCUGGAGUGGAGGGGGCGGGGCCCGGCCGGGGAAGAAGAAGCUGAAGACGGAGGCGGCGGAGGGCGGAAAAGAGAGUUUUGGGAGCCCGAAGCGGCGUGGUGUGAACGCUUCACUUGGGCGGCGGGCCGGGCAUCAUGGAGGUGCCCGCAGUGAACCUCAAGGCUAUCAUUCUGGUACACUGGCUGCUGACGACAUGGGGCUGUAUUGUGCCUUGGUUGCCGAGUUCCUACGCGUGGGGUAACUUCACCGUCCUCGCUCUGGGCGUCUGGGCAGUUGCCCAAAGGGAUUCCAUUGAUGCCAUCCUCAUGUUCCUCGCAGGCCUGCUGCUGACGAUUCUCACGGACAUUGUUCACUUCAGCUUGUAUUACCCUUCCUCGCUGCUCGACACCACCCGCUUCAGCACCGGCAUGGCCAUCUUCAGCCUCCUCCUCAAGCCUUUGUCCUGCUUCUUCGCCUAUCAGAUGUACCGGGAGCGCGGAGGGGAGUAUGCCUUGAAUCUAGACUGGGAAGGUUCACCGGAGAGGUGUCUUGAACGUCGGCCAGGACCGCAGCUCGUACCAGCCCAUUGACCAGCCGGAGCCGCCCUGCCCGUACCCUGAUGUGGCUAACAAGGCUGCCCCACCUCGCCCCUACUGAGGGGCCCUCAUUGACCAAACAUCCAAAGAACACUGGGCUGUUUUCCUUGCCGCAUUUGGAAAGAAAACCGUUUUCACCUCUUUCCCGUUUCCUUCUUCCUGCCUGCACCGAGACAUACGGUUUUGGAAAACCAGCUGGAAAAAAAAACUUUGGCGACAAGGCAGUCGCUGCUUUUCUGUUUCUCCUGGAUGACUUGAGGUCUUUCCCAUCGUUUCUGCUGCGAAUCCAGAACACACCUUGGAGAAUUUGCUUUUAAACUCUUUCCUGUCUUUAUCCUGAGUAGUACUGCCCUUGCAGUUCCUUUCUGUGAUGGCCAACUUCAUUUCUCCCUUUUUUCAGACAAGCUGAAGCUCAUCCAUCGAGCCUGCAAAUGCGUGGGCUUAGAAGAUUACUCUGAGAAGAGUUUUUGGGGUUUCCACCCAAACAUCGUCCUCCUUCCUGCGCUAAGAGACUUAAUGCUCUUGCAAAAAUGGUUAGGAAAAGUUCUGACCACUAACAGGAGCCAACUAACUUUUGAGUCAAAGGAGCAAUCCCUGCCCCUUUGUUGCUGCAACUGUGCCAUUUUUCUGCUGCUGAAUUGCUGCGCGCACGGUCUGAUGGCUGUAGGGUUGCCGAUUGAUUUCUCUCUCAAAAAUACUUUUUGUGCCUUAAACACCCCCACACACCCUUCCUCCCAUUAUGGUUUGUUUGUACCUUGCUUCAAAAGAGAAUUAAAGAACCUUUUUAAUAAAAUAUUUCACACACAUAAAACAAAAAAAGUCUUGGAAGUUUGAAAUUGGCCAGGCUUCUUUCUGGUAGACUUGCACUCUUGUUUGAUUCUUAACGGGUGAAUGAACCUGGGCCACUGCGAAGGUGAAUGAAUGAGCAAAUCCUCAUUUUUUAAAACUGUUAAACUGCCCAGUUACUUGUGAAUUAAGUCCCAGGACUGGCCCUGCCAUGAGGGGGAGUGAGGCGUGUUGGCAAAGAAAGAGUGCCUGAAUGUAUUUUUCCACAGCAGAGUUACAAGGCCAAGAAGCACAGAGUCCAUGCAGAUCUCAAGGACAAGUAUCCAAGGCAACCAGCUGGCCUUAUCUAUAAGACUUAGCAGAUCUGGCCAGUCGGUGUGGGGGUCGAGGAGUUUGUAUAGAGAGAGCUUGUGAUAUAUUGUCAGUAAAGUAACUCUUAAAACUUA